UCUCUGCUCCUGUUUUGUGUGUUGGGGGGAUGGGGCCGUGCCGAGGAUGAGAGACUCCAAAUAUUUACCACUUGGCUUACUAAAUAUCUUUAUUUCCGAACUGGGCUUCCUCCUUCGCUCUUGUAUAUAUUAAUACUUUUCGACCACGUAUGAGUUUGGGUGGAAUUUGGCCAAAAUAAAGUGGAGUAUCUGUACGUCCACGACACGCUUAAAAAGUCGACAAAAUGUAUUCCUCUGCUGGAGCAGCUGAGAUGCUUGAGGGACCCCGUUCCUCUGGGUCAUUAAGCUCUGAACCACCAUCUUCUCCAGUGCCAGAAUAUGUGUUCAAGCCACCUUCACGGCCAGACUUUGGCACCAUGGGCAGGACAAUCAAGCUCCAGGCCAACUUCUUUGAGAUGGAAAUCCCCAAACUGGAGGUCUACCAUUAUGACAUCGACAUCAAGCCUGAGAAAUGCCCCAGGAGAGUCAAUCGGGAAAUUGUGGAGCACAUGGUCCAGCACUUUAAAACACAGAUCUUUGGUGAUCGAAAACCAGUGUAUGAUGGGAGGAAGAAUCUCUAUACUGCCAUGCCCUUGCCUAUAGGCAGAGACAAAGUGGAGCUUGAGGUGACCAUUCCUGGUGAAGGCAAGGACCGCAGCUUCAAAGUAUCCAUCAAGUGGGUGUCCUGCGUUAGUCUGCAAGCUCUACACGAGGCACUAUCAGGACGGCUACCCAGCGUCCCUUUUGAGACCAUCCAAGCCUUGGAUGUGGUCAUGAGACAUUUGCCCUCUAUGAGAUAUACCCCGGUGGGCCGCUCGUUCUUCACUCCCUCAGAGGGAUGUUCGAACCCCCUCGGUGGUGGCAGAGAGGUGUGGUUUGGCUUUCACCAGUCUGUCAGGCCUUCCCUCUGGAAAAUGAUGCUCAACAUUGAUGUUUCAGCCACUGCAUUCUACAAAGCCCAGCCUGUAAUUGAGUUCAUGUGCGAGGUCCUUGAUUUCAAAAGCAUUGAAGAACAACAGAAGCCCUUAACAGACUCUCAACGAGUGAAAUUUACAAAGGAAAUCAAAGGUCUGAAGGUGGAGAUCACUCACUGCGGGCAGAUGAAGAGGAAGUACAGAGUGUGCAAUGUGACCCGAAGACCCGCCAGCCACCAAACGUUCCCCCUGCAGCAGGAGAACGGCCAAACUAUUGAAUGCACAGUAGCACAGUACUUCAAAGACAAGUACAAGCUCAUCCUGAGAUACCCCCACCUCCCAUGUCUACAGGUGGGACAGGAGCAGAAGCACACCUACCUACCUCUGGAGGUGUGUAACAUAGUGGCAGGACAGCGCUGCAUCAAAAAGCUGACAGACAAUCAAACAUCCACUAUGAUCCGUGCCACAGCCCGAUCAGCACCAGACCGUCAGGACGAGAUUAGCAAAUUGAUGAGAAGUGCCAACUUCAACACUGACCCUUAUGUUCGUGAAUUUGGAGUGAUGGUGAGAGAUGAGAUGACGGAAGUGAACGGCCGCGUCCUACAGGCACCCUCCAUUCUGUAUGGAGGCCGGAACAAAGCAAUAGCCACACCUAUCCAGGGAGUAUGGGACAUGAGGAACAAGCAGUUCCACACUGGCAUUGAGAUCAAAGUGUGGGCCAUCGCCUGCUUUGCACCACAGAGACAGUGCACUGAACUCCUACUCAAAGCAUUCACAGAUCAGCUGAGGAAGAUCUCUAGAGAUGCAGGAAUGCCCAUCCAAGGUCAGCCUUGCUUCUGUAAGUACGCCCAGGGAGCAGACAGCGUGGAGCCCAUGUUUAGGCACCUCAAGUACACCUACCAGGGCCUCCAGCUGGUGGUGGUCAUCCUACCGGGGAAGACGCCUGUCUACGCUGAGGUGAAACGUGUCGGGGACACAGUGCUCGGCAUGGCCACACAGUGUGUACAGGUGAAGAACGUUCAAAAGACAACACCUCAGACUCUUUCCAACCUCUGUCUGAAGAUCAAUGUGAAGCUGGGCGGUGUCAAUAACAUCCUCCUCCCACAGGGCAGGCCGAUGGUGUUCCAGCAGCCAGUGAUCUUCCUCGGUGCAGAUGUGACUCAUCCGCCUGCAGGAGAUGGAAAAAAGCCUUCCAUCGCUGCUGUUGUUGGUAGUAUGGAUGCCCAUCCCAGCAGAUACUGUGCCACAGUCCGGGUCCAGCAGCACCGUCAGGACAUCAUCCAGGACUUGGCCACCAUGGUGAGGGAGCUUCUCAUCCAGUUCUACAAGUCCACCCGCUUCAAGCCCACAAGGAUCAUCUACUACCGCGAUGGCAUCUCUGAGGGCCAGUUCAACCAGGUUCUUCAGCAUGAACUGCUGGCAAUCCGUGAGGCCUGCAUCAAACUAGAGAAGGACUACCAGCCUGGUAUCACCUUCGUUGUCGUGCAAAAGAGACAUCACACAAGACUGUUCUGUAUGGACAGAAAUGAGAGGGUUGGGAAGAGCGGCAACAUCCCUGCAGGCACCACAGUGGACACCAAAAUCACUCACCCAUCAGAGUUUGACUUCUACCUUUGCAGUCACGCUGGAAUUCAGGGCACCAGCAGGCCAUCUCACUACCAUGUGCUCUGGGACGACAACCACUUCUCUUCAGAUGAACUGCAGGUUCUCACCUACCAGCUUUGCCACACCUAUGUGCGCUGCACCCGGUCAGUUUCCAUCCCUGCACCAGCCUACUACGCUCAUUUGGUGGCUUUCCGGGCUCGCUAUCACUUGGUGGACAAAGAGCAUGACAGUGCUGAAGGAAGUCAUACAUCAGGCCAGAGCAACGGGCGUGACCACCAGGCCUUGGCCAAGGCUGUUCAGAUCCACCAGGACACGCUGCGUACCAUGUACUUUGCCUGAGAGCACACAACCCCAGGUUGGCGUGGGUGAGACCGCACUGAUGGAACACACUACCCCCCGCUGUCUCGCUGUCAGCGGUAGAUAGCAUCACAGUGGUUUCACAUCGUGAUCUCCCUACUUAACAAACCUGUCAGUUACCCAUAUGUCUACAAUUGUACUUCAGCCCCUAACCCACCCCAAACCAAGCCAGCUAUUAGACUAAGAUGCAAAAGAAUCCCUCAUUCAUGGGGAUUGAGUUAGAAGAGGUUUUAUUUACAUGUUGUGUAUUUGUGUGUAUUUGUAUUUGUUGUAGGGAAACAUGUUGCAAAGUAUGAGAGGAAAAGGAAAAGUUUGUACACUGAUAGAUGAAAUUUACCAUUUCUAAACUAGUGGACAGUAACAUUUUACAUUGGGUGGGGGUUUAUAAUUUAGAAGAAGCUGUUCACCCUCCUUCUCCUGUUUUUAUUAUUUGUUAUGGUCUUGGUGCUUGAAGGGAGAAGGAGACAUCAAAAAUACAAGGGGGCCCGUUCACUGUUUAUAUGCCUGAUGAUUUGCUCCUCUGACAAACAUUAUUUAUCAGCCAAUCAAAGCAAAGUGCACUGACCAGAAUGGGUACUUUAACAAGGACAAAAGUACUUAAUAUAUUGGGGGUUGUGUGUGAUUUUCACAUAGGGCACUAUGUGAUAAGUGCCAUUCGAGACCACCUUUCUGUCGUCAUUUCUAUGUAAAACUAUGAACUAUUUGGCCCACAUUGGCUGGGUUUUCAGUAUUUGUCCUCGAUUUACAUUGGUGAUCAUUUUAUGCCAAAUCUGGUGACAACUUACUAAAGGAUUCUUUGCGUCAGAUUUGUUAUCACCUUGAACCAACAGAUGAGGGCUUUUUAGUGUUCCAAUUUAAAAAAAAAAAAAAACAGCAAUUUUAUCCUCCUCUGCCUCACUUGUUAGUCUGAACUGACAAAGUUGCACCAGUAACCUAAUUCCCAUGCAGAGAAAUAGCAUAUUGGGACUGGUUCCCAACAAGGUCUCCUUUCUAAUGUACUCUGAGCCGUGUUGAUAAAAGACACAUGAUGUAGAAAUCAACAUAGAAGGGAACUUGAUGAAAUCACUUUGGUUCCCUUCUGUUUUUAUAGUCUAUUUUAAUUUCAAUCAUUUUUUUUUUUUGUAAUGAAUAUGCAUGUAGCUGACUCAUGUUUUAGACAUUUAGGCAUUUGUGAUAAUUGUUCAUUUCUCCCUCUAUACACAUUAACCCUACUUCUAUUUUUUAAUGUAUAUAGCAGCAGAAUAGUGUUUUCUGCAGUGUCUUUGUCACAGCGAUAUUUGUGUGGCGUCUCGAUAUUCAGGCAUUCGGUACAGUGGAGUGAAAGCUGCAACAUUUUAGAGUUGAACUGAUUGAAAUUCCCUUAAACAAAAACCUCUUGAAUUAUAGUGUUUGCUCCAGGAACUGGGAGCAGUCGUCGCACAAAAGCUUGGGUUUUAUGCAAAUGACUUUUUGUGAGUCUUUAUACUAUAUAUAGUAAUGUUGGUAAUAAGGUAUAUUUUGAAUAAGCUUUCAGUGGAGGCUGCUGAAAAUAUUAUAAAGAAUUUUUUUAAAUGACCGGCCCACAUGUAGUCUAAAUUAACACUGUCUAUUUGUAUACAGAUUUUAAAUGCAAAUAUUCUCUUGCCUUCUAAGACUGUAAUAGUCUUACUAAUAAUUCUAGACAUUUCCUAACAUCCCUCCUAAGUUUUACUGCUAAGUUAAGCUGGCGAAUGUUCAUAGUCUUGAUUGGAGGCGAGUAGUCUAUAUUUUCUAACUAUGCAUCAUUUUUAGCCAAGAGAUUUAACAGUGGGGUAUCUCACAUGAAUUUGGGUCAUUUAUAGAGGUAGAUAAUCAGGGCUUUUUUUGUUAUUGUUGUUUUUUAGCAUGUUGCAUUUAGUAGCGUUUCUUAGUGCUUAUCAGCAUCUUCAUGCCUUUCUAACGGGAUGAAGUAUUUAUGUGGUCAUUUGUAACAUUGUAGAUUUUAUAGCCUGAAAAUUGGGUGUAUCCUUUGUAACACACAAUCUUUCUUAGCCAAACAAGAUUACAAACUUUUACAUGAUUAUUAAUCAAAAGAGAUGGAAGCACAAACAUCAACAUCUUGAUUCUAGGUGCUAGAUGUUGUCACUGUAAACCACCUAAAUCCUCACUGGAUUGGUCCACAAAGCUUUUUACUUGUAUGAUAAAAGAUGCUUCAUCAUUUUGAGGAUCUUUUCUGUCCCUCUGACGACCUCUCUGUGUUACCCCUUCAACUCGUUACCUGUAAAAGCAACUAGAAAUCCGACUGACUGUGUUUGUGGGGCAUUCUGAAAAUCAUGUACUUGAUAUUUACUGUUAUGAUGUCAAUAUUGUUCUUAUCGGUGCUGGUCUCACAACAUGUAAAUUUGGAUGCACUUUUGAUAGCAGAACGUUGGUAUGACUUCUAUAGAUGUGUGUUCCUCAAUCGAAGCAGGAGGCUCGGCCAUAUUGUGUGACACUUGUGUGUAAUUGUAUGGAAAUGGCCGUGUGUUCUACCUCUUGUUACCUGUUUAAGUGUUAUGGUAACAUCACACUGCUGGCCAUUUCUGUAUAAUUACCCCUGCUAUCUAAUUGGCAUUGUUUGAGUCUUGCAUUGACAAUAGAGGUUUUAAACGCUUGGUGUGCAUGAUGGUGAACGCGCUUUUCUUAGUUUAUGUAGUUGUGUGAUUUUUUUUUUUUCAUUGUUUUACUCAGACUGAUAAGAGAGAAUGUGUUUGUUUUUUUCCUUAUAGGGGUUUUGAGCGUUGAGCUGUACGACCAAAUUCUUGAAGUGUGUUUGUAUCCACACACAGCUUUCCCUGCUUUCUUUCCUUUAAUUCUAUGCACCAAUGAAAUGACAGACUUUAUCUCGACACCUUGAUCCCUUUUUUUUUUUUUUUUUUUUCCCCACCUGGGCAAUGUAACGGCAAAUGCAGCCCAGAUCAGGCAUAUUGUUGAUCUGGACAAAUUGUAAAUGUACCCUAGUGGUGCUGUUAGUCAGACUGUUAAUUCAAGUUGCUUGUAAGCUAAAAAGAAACUAGAAAACAACCCGUCUAAGGAUCAGCCUGAAAAAUCAGUGUUGAAAUCCAUUUAAACAGAUGUUUGUAAAACAUAUGACACAACAAGUUAAAUCUGAUCAGGUAAAUUUCACCACAGAACAUUAUAAUUUAUGUAUAUAAUCUUUAUUUUAAGUACAAGUUUGACUGGAUCGGAACAAAUUACUCUUACAUGUCAGGUGAAACCUGUUGCUGGCUCUGUACUAGGAAAUGUGAAUGUCCUCGUCUCUGUGUGUACGCAGGCCUUCGUGAUGCUGCCACAAGCAUCCACAUUAUUCACUUCUUCGAAUGUCCAGUCUUCAGACUGUCUCUCAAAGGGAUGCCUGGGUAUUUAGUGUUUUAGUUGGUGGUCAUUCUCCAGAAGAUGCCUACCAUAUUAUAUUCAAAGUGGGAAAGUUUAACUGAGUGACAAAAAAUGGAAACCUUUUGACCGCAAUUUAACAGGUGUCGUAAAAAACAACUGGCUAAAAUUCCAAACAUCAAGGUGUCGUUUUAGGAGACGUGUUUGUACUUGUCACUGCUUCUUUGUGUUUUACAUUACCUAUACCAGCACCUUAAAAUACCAGAUCAGAAUGGCAUUGCUUUUCCUGGGACGAUAAAACUCAAACAUUUGAUGUUGUUUUUGCACUAAACAAGAAUGGACUCUGUAGCUGUUGCAGCAUUGAGAGUAUUUAUCGGGUGGCAGAAUGGCAGCCUCUUUUUUUUUUCUUCUCCUUUUGUUUAGAAAGGAGGAGUUGGCAUUGGUGGCUUUUCAAAAUAACAUGCACAGCCAAAAGGCAUGAGAGCCUCAAUGUGUAUACUUGCCUAGCCAACCAGCAUUCAGCAUGUCGUCUCAAAAAAAAAAAUAUCCCGAUGCCUUUAAAUGUUAAUGAAAGAGUGAAACUUGUAGUUGCAUGAGUGGGUUGCCUUUGCAUAGUGAUGUGGGAGAAAGGUGCUUUAUACAAAACCGACCAACUAGAGUUGAAAAGAGCCGAUUAGCUGUGGAUAAUAAGGUUUCUGUUUAUCGCACUGCUUGUUGGAGACGUGAUGCCAAAGUGUUGUGUGAUGACAAGUGCUGGAAGGUUUUUACAUGGUCACAAUCCCCGUUCAAGACUGCAGCGUGCAUAGAAAGUCAUAUUGAAAUACGGCCUCGUUGUGACACCACCACACUAUAGACAAUACAUAUCAAAAUUCUGAAGGGGCUUUUCCUCUUUACAUAAAUCUGCUUGAUUAUAAUGAGCUAAAACAAGAUUGUGUAUGAAACAAAUGCAUACACCAGCCUGGAUGAAUGUGGCACUGCUUUCUAAGUAAAAUAGUGCUCAAGGUGCUUAGUAGGGCGUUCAAAACACCUGCAGUGGGAACCCUAAUAUUAUUACCCUUAUCCUCUUUCUUAGAUGUGUAAAUUAGAUGCACACAUUCACCUCAGUUUGGCUGUUUUUCCAUUAUCUUUUGUAGAGUGGACAGGACAAAGCAGGUUCUAGAAAUGGCUGAUUUGUAAAUUAAAUGGCAUAUCAUAAGCUAUUUUAAUUUUAUUUUUAUGAUAGCAGGUUUUCUUCUAUUAUAGGUAUGUUUUUAAAUUUAGGGUUGAAAGAGGCUGGGAUGAAAUUCCUUCAAGUGUAACGAUCAGCCUGUUUACUUACUGGCUUUUGAAUGGUCUUGGAAUAAAUGAAUAAAAAAAAAAAAUAAAAAAAAAUGAUUUCAAAAAAAGCAACAACCUUUAGUUUAUUCCAAACCAUUACCCUCUGUAUAGUAAUGUCUCUCCUCUCUGCCUAUCAUCCGUCUCUUGUAGAGAAAUUAUUGCUGACAUAAAGGAACCUCUUGUAGAGUCAAACCUAUUUUCCUAGCUCUAAAUAAUAACAAUGAAUGUACUUAGGGCCUGCGUGGUUUGUAAAAUUGUAUAGGCUAUCCAUCCAGUACAUUUAUACUCAUGUUUGAUUCUUGUGUACAGCCUUUGCUUCUUAUUUUAGGUGUUUUUCUCUUAUUUAUAGGCUUUAACAGUUGCAGAAAGUAUUGUUUUCUUCUUUAAUAUUUCAUUGUUAUAGAUAUCGCCCACAUCACAGCUGAUAUCAUUAAUCCUGUCACUGAUUAACACGAGAUAAACAAGUCUACAGUUGUCUUUUUUUCUGGGUGUUGGCUACUGUAGUUUUAGGAGACACGUUUUUUUUUUCACACUGGUUGCAAAGAGUAGUCAUUUUUUCAGUUCGGGUGUCAUGCUUGUGAGAUGUGCUGUAACAUAAGAGCUGUGUGUGUAUAUAUGAUGGUUGCUUUGGUGUGUGAUGUUGUUUGCUGUUAGAUUUUUGUCUUCUGCUUAAGCCCUCAGUCUGAUCUUUCUGUCCUUGCAGAGUUGUCCUGUAAAAUCCUCCACGAGUUUGACUCACUAACUCAUUAGCGCGGUGCCACUUAAAAGCAAAAAGGCUAAGGUUGUUGUUUGAGUGUUGCGUGUGUUCCUUACUUUUGGUGAUUGUAUUACUACACGGCUGUGUUUUUUUUUCUCCCAGAUUUAUAAAUGACAGCUUAUGAUUUACGUGGCACUCUGUUGGCUUCAGCAGGCAUAAUGUUUCCUGUUCCUAUUCCUAGAUAAACCUUUCCAAAGCAUCACUUUGUCCUAGAAAGUGAGCCUUUGUCAUGCCAAUGUCCACCCAGUUAACCCGCAGCCAUGUGACACCAGUGUGGUAUCCACAAGGUUUUUUUUUUUUUUUUAAAUAUAAAGUUUGCCUAUAUUGUUGUUUUUAGCAACAAGUCUGAAUAAUUGAGUGCUAAUUCAAAUGGGGUACAAACCUGGCAGGCCUGAGGAAAGAGCCAUUACCUCUCAUGUCCACCACAUGCGGCUACUUUGUGUUUUGGUUCUUUUGUGUGUUGUUGCAGUUUCAGUGAGUUUCUUCAGGCAGCCACAUUGUUGUCUUGAGUUGUCUUGGUGACAUUUUACAGAUGGCAGUGUCGAUUGGAUGGUGGUUCAUCCCUCCACUUUGGUCCAGACUUAGAUAUUUUAACACCUACUGGAUUGCUGUGAAAUUUUGUUCAAGCAUUCAUGAUCCCAAGAGGAUGAAUCUUAGCCGGUUUGGUGGUUCCCCUGACUAUUCCUCUACCACCUCAAGCAGAUGAAAGUUUUAACUUAUUCAGUGAAAUAUCAUACAAACAUUCAGGUCUACCAGACAAUAAAUCCUAAUGAGAUGAAUGAUCCCUUAACCUUUUUCAUCUUUUGCUACCAUCAAAUCAAAGUUCUAAUUUGUCCAGUAGUUUGGUUUACCACUAAAUACAUGCAAAAUUAAUGACAUUCCUAUCCACCUCAGCUGUAUUUUGUGUUCAGUGAUAAUUAGCAAAAUGUUAGUAUGCUAAAACACUGAACUAAGAAGGUGAACAUAGUAACAUAACACCUACUAAACAGAAGCAUGUUGGCUAUGUCGUAGGGAGCAUGUUAGCAUGUUGGCUUUAGCAUUUAGCUGAAAACACCAUUGUACGUAAGCACAAUUUCACAGAGCAGCUAGCCUGGCUGUGUACUCUUAGCCUUGUGUUUUACAAGCAUGCUGAACAUUUGUGGCUGAAUUUGACUCAUUUUAAUCACUAAACGCACUAAACUGCUCUGGCAGAAACAGACGCAACAUUGAUGGUGGAGCACCAGCUGCAUCCGGUGGACAUUUGGGGUUAUGCAUGGAGCUGUAGUAAAUCUGACUUUGUCUGAGGAGAACUGUUACUGAUCUUCACCAAACCAAACCAAUGGCAUCCAGUUGAUCUACAUGCAUCUAAUAGUGCAAGACUCGUGGGUAUUUUUGUAUUUUUUCAAAGCAUUUCUAGUCUUCAGAAUGACUUGGCUUUUUAUUUACCAACUUGGAAAAAACUACCUCAGAACAGUGUCAGGUGCUAGCUAAUAUUAGCCCUAAUUUAUAAUAAUGGUAACAAAAUCAAAAAUUGUAGUGACCAAACCAACACAAGCCAAUAUCACGUGAGAGCACUGUUCUUUUCUUGAACCUUAAUAAAUGGAAAACCAAGUAAUCAUGUAUGACUGGUUGGUUGCUUUAGUUGGUUACAUUUUAGGGGACCAAAUUUUUUGUAAUUGGGAGUCUCGUUGUUUUAUGUCAGUCCUUCAUUUUUCCAAAGACAGAGACAAAAAUAACCCAGCGCAAUCUAGGACUCAUUCAUGUGGUGAAAAAACUGUAGUCAUGACUGGAUCAUAUAUUGACAAAUGUUCUGUUGUAAUUACCAUUCACUAUGACAGUGUGUUCAUAUUUCAGCAAAGUUUAGGUGAUAAUGAGAAAUGUCUGUAGUGGCGGUGAAGGUGUUUCUGGAAAGAUGUAUGUACAGCAAUAAUGUCAGAGUGUGACAUGUGGAUUAUUGGCGAUCAUUUGUUCCUUUAUACACCAGUCUGUCCUCUUUACGCCGGUCAAGGCAACUCAAUAAACAUAUUAGACUUUUAGUUUGCAGGACAAUACUUAGCGAAUGGGUAGAUAAACAGAUGAUUCCAAUUUUUCUGUUUUCGUUUUACCAGAAUGUGGAAAUAUUAAGAUUUCAUACUGGAUAGAGCCACUCCAUGAGAUCAAAUGCCUACAUUUCUCUGCCGUGUUAACCCAGUACUGCAAUAAAAUCAGGGUGACUGUCCCUGUCUCUUACUCAGUUCAUUUCCGCUUUUCCUAUGAUUAGCCAGACUCAAUGCCAUUUAUGUUAAGGGUUUAAGAUAUGAUUAUGCAUGCGACAAUUUACAAAGGGAAUACACACAUUUAAACAGACUUUACAAUGUAUCGAACCAUUGUAAACUUAAACAAAAGGUACAUAUGAGGUUGUGUGGUAAUUAACUUCAGAUUGUUGUCAUUUAGUCUAAACCGAAAACAUCCAGCGUGUUCGUAGUCGAUUUAUGUGUGCCUUUUGUGGGAUAUCUCUCCUUUCCAUCAGCCCCAGCUUUGGGUUUCCGAGUCCUUUCUACAUAAAGGUUUGACAAAAUCUGCUUCGCCACAUACAAAAAAAAAAAAAAAAAUCAUUCUUAAUUAUCAUGCAAACUUGCGUGUAGAUGCUGCAUAGAACGAUCAGUAUUUGUGUUUUGCACUUUCAAGGCAGUCUCAAGAAAAAAAAAAUGCCCACGUGAGGUCGGGCAGAAAGUAAAAAGAAAUGACGAGGUAUUUUAUGCUAUCAAUAGGAAUUAUAAGGAAUAAUAUGACUUUGAAGAGCUUUUCUAAAAAGGUUGAUAUAUCUAUAUAUAUUCAUGAAGUACCUCAUAAGCCUGAUAUAUGCUGCAUUGACUUUUUUUUUUCUUUAGUGUACUUCAUAUUGUCCAAUAAAAUUUUAAUUUUUCCCCUUUGGGAGGGUUGAAGGUCACUACAGGCUGUGCAAAUGCCACAACCAGUCAAUCUGAUAGUCUGUUGUAACACAGGAGUACGUUGUUCCUUGUGGCCAAAUGAUAAUGUGUCAUUUAUGCAAUUUAUACUCGAAUCUCAUCAGAAUAUUUCUGAGCUGUAGCCACAUCUUUUUUUGUGUUCUGUCUUUUUGUUUUUGCAUAUUCUCCAUGUCUGUGUAGCCAAAAAAUAUUGGGUUCAGUUGACAAAGAGUUGGCAUGCAUAAAGCAUCUUACGAGGCCCUGUGGUAUAAAAUGACUGUUGACUCAGGUAUUGCCGUGAAAGGGCUGUAUCUGUUUACUGUGUCCCCGUUCCCAAAUUCCCCACCCACACCUUUGUCUUAAAGUAGCCUUAGAUCUAGUGAGGUUCCUAUUUGGCCUUAAAAGUUGGAACAAAUUAUGCACUACAGUUUCACAGACUUGACAGAGCUCGACUCCCGUUCAGACACAUUUUUUGAAAAGUUCGUGUCGCGUCAUUGCCAUGUUAUCUACCUCCUAUGAAUGUAGGGGCUGUCCUGGAGUUGUAGUCGACUGCAAAACCUUUGAUUUUCUUGCUCAUUUAAGGAAAACCGACAAUCAUCUGUAGAUUCUUGAAAAAUAUAAAAUACAUCCCCUUAUUCAUUCUUGCUUAGAACUGAUUCCAGGACACUCCAUUGUUCUCAAUGUUUUUUUUCCCCUCAUUGGCCAUUUUCAUUUUAUACCAUGUGCGAUUUUUCAUUGUAAGCCAUGAUGGAGAAGCAAAGUGACCAAAGUCUCUUGGCAAAGGCAGCUUUGCACAGCCGUGUGAAUUCAAACCUCCCUUCAUUUGUGUCAUUUUGAGCUCAGUUUUGAGUUGUUGUUUAUUUUUCUCUCUUUCUCUCUCUCUCUCUCUCUUUCUCUCUCUCUCUCUCUCUCUCUCUCUCUCUCUCUCUCUCUCUCUCUCUCUUUCUCUCUCUUCUCCCUUAUUUAAACCACGACAUGCCAAAACUGAAUUUGCUGUCAUUCCUGUUCUGGUGAGGGUCUUUAUGUUGCUGAUUUUAAUUUGUUCACAUCCACUGCUAAGCUCCUUGUUCUUGUUGUUGUAAAGUUGUAAGCUUUUGAUUUCUAUUUUACAUUUCCUUAUUUUUGUUAACAAUUAUGCUUACAGAACACAAGAUAUGCUGUAAACCCUGUUAGGACAUAAUGUGAAUACGUAUCACUUAAUAUAGUUCACUCUUUGGCUUGACUGUAAGUUGCAUUAAUUAAUAAAAAUGUUUUAAAAAGUU